AUGGCAGGCAGCAGUGACCAGAAAUUUAAUUUGAUGAGCAACUCGGAUACGAAUGAUGAUCAAAGGACGGGUGACCUGCUCAGUAGUAUGAAGAGCUACUUCUUGUCUGGCGAAUUCUCCGAUCUAACCAUUUGUACGGUCGAUCGAGAGAUCAAAGUCCAUCGACUGGUUGUCUGCGGACAGUCAGAAUUCUUCUCCCGCCUAUACAAACGGAGCUGGAUAGAGGAUGACCCACAAGCUAUCGAGGCGAUGAUUCGAUUCAUGUACGGGCUCGACUACUACGACAACAGCAGUCACGACCGCGGCUGCAAUUCGCCCCUCCUCUUCAAUAUCCGGUUGUAUCAAGUUGCGGAUAAGUACACGGUUCCCCAGUUGAAACGUCGAGCACAAGAGACGUUUGAAACCGUGGCAAAGAGAUGUUGGCAAAUGGACGACUUUUCUACCGCUAUUGCUGAGGCAUACGAAUGCACAACCCCGGCCGAUCGGGGCCUUCGAGGGCCCCUCGUGGAGAUAUCUCUCAAGCAUCUCCGUGAUUUCCUGACUCAAAACAAUCCCCCAAGUUCCAAGGUCACCCGGUAUUGCUGUCCUCACUGCGCUGCCGUAUGGCUUUUUCAGAGCUGUAUCGGAAAACCGCUGAAACUUUGCCCCUUCUGUGGGCUUUAUCAGGGCAACUGGAGUGACUAG